UUAGAUAUAAAUUCCACAAUUUCAGAGUAAAGAUCAUAGUCUAGGUUUAUUUCACUCCGCCAACGAAAAUGGGAAAAGGAACCGGAAGUUUUGGUAAGAGGAGGAACAAGACCCACACACUCUGUGUGAGGUGUGGCCGUCGUAGUUUCCAUCUCCAGAAGAGCAGAUGUUCCGCCUGUGCUUUCCCUGCUGCCCGCAAGAGGACAUAUAACUGGAGUGUGAAGGCAAUCAGGAGAAAGACAACCGGAACAGGUCGAAUGAGGUAUCUUCGUAAUGUUACACGAAGGUUCAAGACCGGCUUCAGAGAGGGUACUGAAGCAGCACCAAGGAAGAAGGGAGGAGCAGCAUCUGCUUAAGUAGUAUUUUAUUUGAAUUGAAAAUCCCUUUUUAUUGUUUCCCUUGUUUUAUCAUCCUUUCCUUGAACUUGACUGGAGAUUUUGUUUGUAGAACUCUUUAAAGGAUUGUAAUAUUUAUUAUGAUUAUGGAUUUUCAAACUCUUUUAAGGACCAUUUUUGUUACUUUGUUUGU